AUGGGCCCCACCGGCUCCGGAAAAUCAAAGCUCUCCAUUGAUCUCACCUCCAGAUUCUUCACCUACUCGGAGAUCAUCAACUCAGACAAAAUACAACUCUACAGUGGCCUAAAUAUCACUACAAACAAAAUCACACCACAAGACCAACUCGGCGUGACUCACCAUCUACUCGGAGAAAUCAACUCGUCCCACUCACUCACUCCUUUCGAGUUUCGAUCCCUCGCUUCUGGUUACGUCACAAAUAUCACUUCUCGUAACAAAAAUCCCUUCAUUGUAGGUGGGUCCAACUCCCUCAUCUACGCUCUCCUCUCCAAAAAAUUCGACCCAAACUCAAACAUUUUUCACGACCCGAAACCCGACACGAUAUGUUCGGAGCGCCAAUACAACUGCUGUUUCCUCUACGUCCACGUGGCACAGCCAACACUAAACCAAUACCUCACAAAACGAGUCGACGAAAUGCUCGACUCAGGAAUGCUACAAGAGCUCCACCACUUCUUCGAGUCAGGCUCGUUCGACUCAGUGAGUCCAACCGGGUUAAGACAAGCGAUAGGAAUCCCCGAGUUGGAGAAAUACAUCCGCUACACAAAAUGCACAGAUUUCAAUAAAGAUGCGGCGAAGGCAAUGUACGAUGAUGCAAUAACACAAAUCAAGCUGAACACGUGUCAGCUAGCGGAGCGCCAGGUCGAGAAGAUCCAACGGCUGAGAGAGAUCGGGUGGGACCUCCAUAAAAUCGAUGCCACGGAGGCUGUUACGGCGUCGUUGCGCGGGGAGAGAGUGGGAGAGAUUUGGGAGAGAGAUGUAGUGGGGCCAAGCGUUAAAAUUGUGAAGCGGUUUUUAGAAGAGUAG